AAUUUUUGCUCACACGAUGUACGACAGGCCAUCACCAGGUACAUCACUCACGCAAACAACAACAGCCGCCAAGAUGUCUGCCGAAGAUAACAAGUACGACGACCCCAUGUCAGAGUCCGAGUCUGGCGAGUCUUUCGAUGGCCAAGACGAUGCGGGCCUCACCGAGGAGAAGCCCUUGAAGUCGGCCCUCAAGAAGUCGACGUUCGCUCCUGGCCCCGCCUACGAGAAGCCUUACCUGCCCCCCCAGACAGAGCCCAAGGACCUCGACGUCAAGACGCUCUCGCCUCUCACGCCCGAAAUCAUUGCGCGCCAAGCCACCAUCAACAUCGGUACCAUCGGCCAUGUCGCUCACGGAAAGUCCACGGUCGUCAAGGCCGUCUCCGGUGUGCAGACCGUCCGUUUCAAGAACGAGCUGGUGCGCAACAUCACAAUCAAGCUGGGAUAUGCCAACGCCAAAAUCUACAAAUGCGACAACUCGGCGUGCCCCCGACCAGGCUGCUACAGGAGCUUUGGCAGUGACAAGGAGGUCGACCCCCCUUGCGAGCGCCCCGGAUGUGAGGGCAAAUACCGCUUGGUGCGACAUGUCUCUUUCGUCGACUGCCCCGGUCACGAUAUUCUGAUGAGCACUAUGUUGUCAGGUGCCGCCGUCAUGGACGCCGCCUUCCUCCUCAUCGCAGCCAAUGAGCCCUGCCCUCAGCCCCAGACCGCUGAGCAUUUGGCCGCCAUCGAAAUCAUGAAGCUCGACAAGAUCAUCAUUCUACAGAACAAGGUCGACUUGGUGCGGGAAGAGGACGCCAAGCAGCACUACGAGUCGAUCCGCAAAUUCAUCCGUGGUACCGUCGCAGCCAACGCACCCGUUAUCCCCAUCUCUGCGCAGCUCAAGUUCAACGUCGAUGCCGUCCUUGACACCAUUGUCAACACCAUCGAGGUACCUCCUCGCGACUUCUCCAUGGACCCCCGCAUGAUGAUUAUCCGUUCCUUCGACGUCAACAAGCCCGGUGUGUCUAUCGACGAGCUCAAGGGUGGUGUCGCUGGUGGCUGCAUUCUGCACGGUGUCCUCAAGCUCGGCGACGAGGUCGAGAUUCGUCCCGGUAUCGUGUCCCGCGACGACAGCGGUGCGCUCAAGUGCACACCCAUCUUCAGCCGCGUCAUCUCGCUCAACUCCGAAACAAACGACCUCAAGUACGCCGUGCCCGGUGGCUUGAUUGGUGUGGGUACACGUAUUGACCCUACUCUGUGCCGUGCCGAUCGUUUGGUUGGUUUCGUUCUCGGCCUCAAGGGCACUCUGCCCGAGAUUUACAGCGAGCUUGAGAUUGAGUUCAACCUGCUGCGUCGUCUGCUGGGUGUGCGCACUGCCGAUGGCAAGGGUGCCAAGGUGUCCAAGCUGGUCAAGAACGAAGUCAUCAUGGUCAACAUUGGUUCUUCGUCAACUGGUGCCAAGGUCUCUGCCAUCAAGCACGAUGCCGCCAAGCUGGUUCUGACCACCCCUGCCUGCACAAGCAUUGGUGAGAAGAUCUCGCUGUCUCGCCGUAUCGACAAGCAUUGGCGUCUCAUUGGAUGGGCCUUCAUCCGAGCCGGUGUUACCGUAGAGCCCAGCAACUAAGAAAGAUAUGGUCUUUGCACGGAAGAAAAAGGUCGAGAUGUGGCACAUAGAACCAGGCCUGUUGAAGAUUAGGCGUGUCCCUAGAUGUGGUUGGCGUUGGGGUUUGCUUCCCGUGGCGCAGAAGCGGAAUUUCCUUUCCACACGAGGAUAUCACGAUUACGAUGAUGAGUGCGUACGUACCAAAACACCGGCCGCAGACAGCUGUUGGCUCUACGUAGUGAGGUUGAGACAACGGUAUGUCACCUGUGUUGGGUCUCUGCAUCCAAGCGCCUGGCGACGCCUAGGCAGGGCCCUCUGUUAACAUAGAGCGGAGGGUCGGGUUCUUUCUUUCCACGGACUGGAGUUCUGGGUAGAAGGCACAGGCUAGCGGCUAGAAUGUUCAGUGUUGUUGAUAUGACCA